CCUCCUUUUCCCAGCUCCCUACACUGAGAGGUCCGCCAGCUCUGUCCCGGGCUUCGCGCGCUGGGACUCUGAGCCUCUGGUUCCGCCCAGGCCCCGCCCACUGGCCGCAGGUUCCACUGGCCGGAAACUGCCUGGGCCGCCCCAGGCUCCUCUCACUCUGCUCGAUUACUGGCGCCAGCUGCUGCGCACUGGCGGAUUCCUUUGGUGGGUCCUGUUCGUGAGCCCCAGGCCGGGGCUAUGGAGGGGGACGUCGCCGCCGCCACCCUCUACCAGCCAGCCAGCCCCCCGCGGGACGCCUGUGUCUACAGCAGCUGCUAUUGUGAAGAAAAUAUUUGGAAACUCUGUGAAUACAUCAAAAACCACAACCAGUAUCCUUUGGAAGAGUGUUAUGCUGUCUUCAUAUCAAAUGAGAGGAAGAUGAUACCUAUCUGGAAACAGCAGGCGAGACCUGGAAAUGGACCCGUGAUCUGGGAAUUCAACCCUGCUGCUGAACUGCUCAGCUGCUCCCCGUCUGUGGAGCCUUCCUGGGAAAGGACCUGUGGACACAUCCCUUCCACCACAUCUCAUGGCAGCUCAGGGUGCACAGUCCUGCUGCAGGAAGUCUCCCCACAGCCUGGCAGAUUUAUCUUUGUCUCGGUGCUGUCCUCUUAUAGGAAAUGGGUUGGCCUUGCUGACCAGGAUUACCAUGUUGUUUUGCUUCAUGUGUCAAGUGGAGGACAGAGCUUCAUUUAUGAUCUCGAUACUGUUUUGCCAUUUCCCUGCCCCUUUGACACUUACGUAGAAGAGGCCUUUAAGUCUGACGAUGACAUUCAUCCACAGUUUAGGAGGAAAUUUAGAGUGAUCCGUGCAGAUUCCUACCUGAAGAACUUUGCUUCUGACCGAUCUCACAUGAAAGACUCCAGUGGGAACUGGAGAGAGCCUCCUCCACCCUACCCCUGCAUUGAAACUGGAGACUCCAAAAUGAACUUGAAUGAUUUCAUCAGCAUGGAUCCUGAAGUAGGAUGGGGCGCUGUCUACACGCUGUCUGAAUUUGUACAUCGGUUUAGCAGUAACUACUGAAUUUGACAUCAGGAUGUGGAACUGUGCAGAAAUUCUAGGACAUGGACAAGCCAUUCUUUCGUUUAGGACAGCAAACAUUAUGGUACAGUUGGCUUGGAGUUACAUUUUUCUUUUGAUUCAAUUGAGGGGAAACAUGAGUGAGCACAAAUAUCUGUGAACUGAAUAAAACCUUUUUUGGGCUGGAGUUGUAGCUCAGUGGUAGAAUGUUUGCUUAGCAUAUGUGAGACUUUGGGUCCCAUCCCCAGCAACUCAGAAAUAUAAAAUAAAAUGUAGUCUUUUUUAACAAAAUGUCAAGUUGAAACUUGAUGUAGCAUGUAAUUGCUAGGUUAUUCCUGUGGCUUAUUUGCUAAAACACGUGAUGACUUAUGUGGAUGAUAGCUCUUGUUAAGAUAGAGGUGUGGACUGGAGCCAGCUCCGUUUGUCUGAUAUGGGUGUUUCCUGUCUCUCUGGCUACACUAAGCUUCUUGUGGGCAGGGCCAUGCCUGUGGCUGUGGAAAUAUAUGAUGCCCAUAGAAGGUGCCCAUAAAAUAUUUCUAGAGACGGUGCUGCUGCCUGGGAAGGGAUAAUACUGUGAGCUGAAUCAGCAGUAAGUAUUAGUCUUUUUGGACUAUGAUGUUGUUAAAAAGGUUGAAGUUCUCUUAGGCUGAGUGAUAUUUGGCCUAUUUGUAAAUUGUUUUAAAUAAAAUAGAUUUAAAACUAGUUUUGUUUUGAAGAUUUUGUGUUGCUCUUGGUGAUCCAAAACACCUAAGAAUGUCUUAAUCAUUGAUGAGAACCAUUGCUUUAAAACACAUUGAUCAUGUCUGCCUUUUUGAAGAUGCCUUGGAAAUGUGGCUUUAAUUGUAAAAUUCCAAAUAAAAGGUAUUUAUAAUUACACUGGCA